CCAGUCAACCAUAUCGGGUCGAUAAACCGUGCUGGUGUCAAUCAUUGCAAGUUUCUGCUCCAGUGGGAAUUACGGUGUUUUGAAUAAAACUGUGUAUUGGAUUUUAGGCCGUUGCUGCAAGUAAAGUUGGUACAAACAUUGGUACGGGAUCCGCUUCCACAGUUGUUCACAGGCGGCUUGGCUUUAUACUGUGUUUUAACUGAUAUAUUAUUAAUGCUCGCUCUGUGUUCGUCCGACGUUGAAUAUUAAGAAUUAUCGGCUGUGUUUAAAAGAAUAUAAGCGCCUGUUGCAUCGCAGGAAAGCAGGGGUAAUGUGGAGAAGGGGAUUUGACGUUAUGCUGUCUGACCUAGCAUCUCUCUUCAUUCUCUGAUUAACGAAUCGCACGCUGUAGUAAAUACCUUUGGUGUGUAAACAAAUAAACUCUAGGAGAUUUUUUGGAGUGUGUUGGAUUUGUUUGGAAAACAUGGAACAGGAAGGACCGUGGGAAACGAUGAGAGCCGAGCAGGAAAACGGCGAGCUGUUGUCCGAGGAUGAGCGAAUGGAAGCGUCCAAGGAGUUCCGAGAGGAAGAACCGCAAGGCAACGUGAAAGAAGUCUGGAUUUCCAUGUCCGACGGCUCUCGGAGUGAGAAGUGCAGCGAUCGGUUCCUACACUGUCUGUCACAGGUGCCAUGUGGUUCACUCAUAGCCUGGAUUAUCCUGCUGGUGGGACUCGGCGGAUUAACGGGCGGACUUCUGAUUGGCGCCCAGAAAACACGUGACAUGCUCGAUAAUGACCAGUUCCUGUGGUUCAUGGAGUACACUCUGAUCGGGGUGGUGGUCAGUAUGUUUGUGAUCGGCACCCUCCUCCUCUGUGUGGGUCACGUGUCCACAGAGCCCACUAGUCGCCACAUGUUCCAAACUACCAAGAAAAACAUGUGCGCGCAGGGACUCAACGUUUUCCUGAUGGUCUUCUGCUACCUCCUGGGUUUCUCCUGGAUCGUAGCCUCGGUGGUACUGGCCGUCCCGGUCUACCUUCUCUCUCUCCUGUAUUUCGCUGAUUUCACAGUCACAAAAAAUGGCGUAGAUACAAAAUGCAUCUAUCUAGUCCAUUAUGGUUUGGAUAAGCAAGAUUUUUGUGGCGCCGAUUUCCAGAACUUUGAGCGUGAGGGGAAGCAGUUGAUCAUCAGUUACAUAGCAGCUCUCGCCUCAUCCAUCCUGAUAGCUAUAAGCUUGAUCCACUAUAUGAUUGUCAUCAGUGCUAAUCUUGCCAACCUAAGAAACUCUCGCAUAGCCACCCUCAAUGCUUAUGAUGAUGAAAUGGCAAAUUCAAAGCUUGUUGCCGAUACCACCAUGUAAGCACUGAACAAGCGUUUACAUGACCAUAUAAUAUGGCAGCUGUGACAUCAUCGGGUGGAAGGUUUUCCAAAAACGGUUCCGGUACUGCUGAAAACUGCGAUAUGAAAAAAAUGAUUGAAUAUAAUUCCUUUUCCACAGAUUAUGAGAUUAUACUUUAGCUGUCGUUGUGAAGUUGUGAAGGGGGAGCUAUGUCUGGUCAUAAAAGGUUGUUAGAUAAACCGAUACACCUUGAUGCUAUGUAUUUAGGACACAGCCUUAAGAACAGAGGAAAUACGGGCAGCAACAUAGUUUCCUCUUGUAUUUGUAUAUUUUUAAACAUUCGCUUUAUAUGGAAAUGUGCAAUACAUAGUUUAAUUAUAGAAGUAUAUAUACAUAUAUAUCUGUAAAGUACUGUACGUUAAAAUUGUUGUACUUGCUUAGUAGGUAGCACCAUCUCAUAAGCUAGUGAAUAUAUUGCAUAAUUUCUAAUUAUAGUACAAACGCAGAGUGUGAUGCAUUUGCAUGUGGAACAGCUUCUUUUAUCCAGAAAAGGGGCCAAUAUUUUAUAAUAAAUCCCACAGAAAAACCGCGUUUAAUUUUCAUAUUAUGUAUUUUGUGUAUAUUUUGUUACUUGAAAUCAAGGGAGACAAUUGUGUUUUUAUCUUUGUAAUAGCUUUGUGAAUUAUUAACAAAUAGUCUAAAAGUUAUUGUUAUGAAAAAUGUCUUCGUUUAAUUUAUUACCUGAAUAAUUGGUAUACCCUGUAUAUGGAAACGAAUCUCGAUGAAUGCAUGCAAUAUCAUAUCCCACCUAGUAUUAAGAUUAAAUUUAGAAUAUAAUAAUUUCCGAAAAUAUGUUUUUAUGACACUACACAAUUUUUUCUCAAAAUUAAAACUUAACCAAAUCACCUCUAUAUGACACCAAAUGACCUCCAACAAAGUAUUGAAGGACGUUUGUCUCACAAACAAAUCACACGACACAAAAGAGAUUUCAAGGAAAGUUUGUUUCAUUAUCUUUAAUUCUAAUUAACUGUUUCCACUGAUUGUCAGGUUCCGAAAAAAACUCUGGUAAAAAGCAGAAUGUCUUUGUUAUUGAUUGUUUCAAUUCUAGUGUUACUUGUUGUCCAAGAAUGACAUUUAUUAAGUCUGUCACAGUUGUCAUUGUGCCUGAUAGUGUCUUUGUAUUCGGAAACAAAGCCUUUUUAUUUAAAAAAAAUGUUUGUUGAAUGAAGGAAUACAUCAAUGUACAGGUAAAAAUAUUGCUCUUAUUUAUUGCGAAGAAACGUAUAUAUUUUAUUAAUAGUCAGACUUGAAAUAUGUUACAAUGUUAAAAAAGAGGUUGUCCAUUUAUGAAUGUUUUAUUUAAAACGUUUGAGAUUUGUAUAUGUAAAACGUAGUUGGUAUUUUAUUAAAUGUUAAGAAACUUGA